AUGAAUCGGAGUUUCCGGGCGCCGGAAAAGGGAAUGCCGGGGCCAGCGGCGGUUAAGCAACGGCAGCAGCAAAUGAUGGGGAGCUUUAGGAAGUCUGUAAUGAAAGAAAAAGAAGAGGAGUUAGGUUUAUUUUUGGAAAUGAAAAAACGAGAAAAAGAGCGUACUGAUCUUUUUCUUCAGAACACAGAAGAGGAGCUCGAUUCAUCACUCGGGUCAAUUGAAGGAAGUUCACAGAUGUUCAGUAUGCCUUCAGCAACACCUGCUAGAAAGACUGGUGCUGAGGAGUUUCUCAACUCAGAAAAUGACAAGAAUGAUUAUGAUUGGCUUUUGACGCCCCCUGGUACCCCUCUUUUCCCUUCGCUGGAAAUGGAAUCACAGAAAAGCGUGAUGGGUCAGGUUGGAACUCCUAAAGCUCGUCCUACUGCCUUAAAAUCUCGGCUAUCAAAUACCCACCCGGACGCUACUGGUAGGAAUAACUUGGUAUCUAGACAGCCAGUGUCAUCUCCUGGAUUGAAUACUUCAAGUGCCAGACUCCGUAGGCCAUCAUCCUCAGGAGGUCCAGGUUCAAGGCCUGCUACUCCAACUGGAAGACCCACAUUGGGCACAUCAUCUAGACCCACAUCAAAUUCAGUACCCAAAACUUCUAACGCAACAUCCAAACCCACUUCAACUACAGCAUCUAGACCCUCAAGAUCCUCAACACCUACUCCUCGUCCCACCGUGGGUUCAACAAAACCCACUCUACCAGCUAGGUCUUCUACUCCUACUCCAAGGUCUAGUGCAAGAUCCUCGACUCCCACAAGUAGACCAUCUUUACCUGCAAGCAAACCUGCAUCAAGGGCAUCAACACCAACACGUAGGCAAGCGACACUGACAACUGUAACAAAAACAUCCGUCCCUUCCCAAAAAUCUCCUCCUACGGUCACAAAGUCGGCACCAAAUACAACAAGAAAUGCAGCACCACCACCACGUGCUAGUUCUCCCAGUGUAAAACCAAGGCCAUGGAAACCUCACGAGAUGCCUGGUUAUUCCCUUGAUGCACCGCCAAAUUUACGGACCUCACUUUCUGAUAGGCCCACUUCGGCGACAAGGGGAAGGCCUGGUGCACCCAGUAUCCGGUCUUCAUCUGUUGAGCCUGCAACCAAUGGAAGGGUAAGAAGGCAAUCAUGUUCACCUUCAAGAGGACGGCUCCCCAAUGGCAUGAGUCAUAGUAGUGGAAGCUCUGUGCCUGUUCCUGCACUGAACCGUGCAUAUGCUAAAGCUAACGACAAUCUGAGCCCUGGUUUGUAUGGAACAAAGAUGGUUGAAAGGGUAAUAAACAUGCGGAAAUUGGUGCCACCAAAGCAAGACGACAAACAUUCACCCCACAGUAACUUUUCUGGCAAGUCAUCAUCUCCUGACAGCUCUGGCUUUGGCAGAUCACUUUCAAAGAAAUCGUUGGAUAUGGCUAUACGGCAUAUGGAUAUAAGGCGGACAGUGCCGGGUAAUUUGAGGCCAUUGAUGACAAAUAUUCCAGCAUCAUCAAUGUACAGUGUGAGACCUGGUCCCACAAGAAGUCGAACAAUUAGCGUUUCUGAUUCACCUCUUGCAACAAGCAGCAAUGCAAGCUCUGAAAUGAGUGUGAAUAACAAUGGUUUGUGCUUUGAUCAUGGAAACAUAGAUGAUGAAAUCAACAGUCUUCAAACCCCUGCUAACAUCCGUGGAAGGUGAUGAGGUAUGAAAUGGAUUCACAAACUGUUGUUAUAUCCAAAUUUAGUUAUUUGUAUGUUAAUCCUGCUUAACCGAUGAAUUAAUAGAACUGGUAUCAUCUAAUUUAGUCAUUAGUUCCACCCAAAAUUUCAAUUG